GCCCAGGCCCAGGAAGUUGAGUCCCUGGCUGGGAGGACAGGCAGGUGCGUCUGCGCUGCCGAGCACGAAGUCGCUGGAGGGGCACACCUCGAUGACACGCUCACAGACGGGAGUUCAGACACACACUUCCUGGCUUGCGUGCGAAGCGGGAUCGCAGGGCAAUAAUCCCUCCAUCUUCCCCGGGAGGUUCGGUGACUGCAAGAUACACGCGCCCACUCGAUGCCACCGGGCCGCCACCGUCUGGGCCUGGAAUCUUGACCCACUUGUCUUCUGUACUUCAGGGUGUAGAGGCAGCAGCAGCAGCAGCGGUCUUGGAUAACUUUUGAUGGAUUCAGGAGGCCUGGAGACCUCCUGUGUGCCGGCACCUGGACAUAAUUUUCAUCAGUCCUGCCCGAUGCCCCGACCUGGACUGCGGUGCCGAUGAGGAAACCGAGGCUUAGCGGGAUCCCUAAUCCAAGGCCACGACGAGUGAGCCUGCUGGGAUUCCAGCCAGGAGCCUGUCCCUGGGGAGCACUUGUCACAGCCUUACCCUCUUCCGGAAGGCGCCACACUUACCAUUGUGGACCAACAAUCGAAUUAACAUGCUGAUACACCCAUGGGGUGGCAGCUGCCCUUCCAGGAGCCAGUGGAGGGACCUGGGUGGCUGGGUGGGGACACCUGCCAAGUCCUCGCCUAAGCCAGCUACCACCAUACACUGUUGGCUUCCAUUCUCCAACUGCGGGGACGCUGCUCAGGCCUUUCGUGACAUCACCCAGGAGUCCUUGGGGUCCGGUCACUGCUCCUGGGCCCAGCGAGCCAAGCUCCGGUCGCCCUGCCCCCUACCCCCAUGCCAGAUCCAGCAUCGUUGUGGGCAAACAAUUAUCUGGAUGAUCUUUAUGGGGCUUAAGCUUGGGUGGGAGCAGAUGGGGCAUGAGCUGGGGAUUUGGGGAUGGGGGGAAUCCACACCCCCACGUCCUGGACCUUUAAAAGGCCCUCUCUGGCACUGGGCCGGGGCAGAGGCCAGCAGGAAAGUGACCGGAGUCCAGGGACAUGAUGGAUCAGGAGAAGACGGAGGGCUCAGGCCUCUGUGCCGAGGUGAGAGGGCCCUGCCCCCACCCCACUCCCAGCUCAAGGUCUCAGAGCCCAUGAUUGACAAGACUAAUUAGUUUGUAGAGCACCUAAUUAGCGAAUGAGUCUCCUAGGACCCCCUGACCCAGUUGUGGCUGUAGAAAGGGGCUGGUGGGCUUGGGGGUCUGAGUGCCAGGCCUGAGGGCAGAGGGCAGGGCUCUCUGUGUAGACCCCUAUUGAUGGGAGAUGCUGGGACCUGGGGGUAGCUCCUGGGCCAUGUUUCCCUGACUCGUGUCCCAGCUCCCAGGCCACACUCAUCAGGCCCCAAUCUAGGACGGCAGGACGUUGGCAUCGGAGCCUGUCCCUUGAGACGGUACCACGUGAAGUGGCACUGCCGGCUGGGGCCCCUGGGGCGGGGGCCGGGAUUGGGAAGGAGACUCAUGUCUCAUUCAGAACAGCUCUGCAGAGCGGAUCGGCGGGGACCAUGGCGGGCUCCCCAGACCAGGAGGGCUUCUUCAAUCUGCUGAGCCACGUGCAGGGUGACCGGAUGGAGGGGCAGCGCUGUUCACUGCAGGCCGGGCCGGGCCAGACCAAGAGCCAGAGCGACCCCACCCCCGAGAUGGACAGCCUCAUGGACAUGCUGGCCAGUACCCAGGGCCGCCGCAUGGAUGACCAACGUGUGACAGUCAGCAGCCUGCCCGGCUUCCAGCCCGUGGGGCCCAAGGACGGAGCGCAGAAACGAGCUGGGACCCUCAGUCCCCAACCCCUGCUCACCCCUCAGGACCCGACCGCUCUCGGCUUCCGUCGGAACAGCAGCCCCCAGCCCCCGACACAAGCCCCCUGAGGGCCUGAGGCAUCCUGGGCCUUACUCGGCCCCCAAAAACUGAUAAAAGAAUAAAACACUUCCAUGAGUAACAA